AGUAUUUUACCUGGAGGACUAGUUUAGGCUUCAAUCGCGACCUUCACUUUUGUGCUCAAACAUAUGGGAGGGGAGGUAGGGCCCAUCCUGUUUCAGUGACUGCCCGGAUGACCCCAUCCAUGAUUGACAUCCCCUCUAAAAGUAGCAUCAGGGAUAGUUGGGAGAAGUCACGGGAUCUGGAUUAGGUUAUGUGUUGCAUUAUUUCAGUUGAACAAACGCACCACGUGAUUCUGGCCAUGGUGUUGACAAACCCCCACUUCAAAGAAUUAACAACAUGAUAUCUUAUAAUAUUGAAUGAAAAUCAUAUUCCAUGGUUGGACCCAAAGAUGUUUGGGGAGGAAACAAAAGUAUCUUUUCAUCAAAGAUAGGUAUCACAACAGCAGUUAGAUGUACGCUGAAUUACAGGGAAAAUCUUUGUAAUUCGUUUCAAGCAACAAACAUAAACUGCGUGUUCGAUGGGCGUUCUGUUUGCACUUGCUCUUCAAAAUGUUGUCAAGCCACUCGUUAGGGCCAAGGUCUAGUUUCUGUGCCGAAAAUAAAGGCACUCGUGUCACGGGAUAGGACAAAGUACGGCGCUCAUCACAUGACACAGUGAGGAGUAUAUCUUGAGGGGCAGUCAGAAGCCGGAUCACCCCAUCCCAAGUUUUACUGGACUCGAUCACGUUUGACGCUGACAAGAUGAAGUUGUUCCUGGCUCUUCUCUUGGCGCCCUUGGUGGCCACCUUCCCAUCCGAGAACUUCUUCCCUCUUCCGCAGGCGGAGCCCUCGCCUGGCAAACACUGGGGAUUACUGGUGGCGGGUUCCAACACGUGGGACAACUAUCGCCAUCAGGCUGACAUUUGCCACGCUUACCAGAUCCUGCACAAGAAUGGCAUACCAGACGAGAACAUUGUGGUCAUGAUGUAUGAUGACAUCGCGUACAAUGAGCAGAAUCCCACACAAGGUAUCAUUAUCAACCGUCCAAACGGACCUGAUGUGUAUCACGGUGUUCUGAAGGAUUACACAAAGAUGGAGGUGAACCCAAAGAACUUCUUGCAUAUUCUCAGUGGCAACAAGACGGCAAUGAAGGGGAUUGGAAGCGGUAAAGUCAUCGCCAGUGGCCCAAACGAUCAUGUCUUCGUUUAUUUCGCCGACCAUGGAGCGACAAACCUCAUUGCUUUCAGGGAAGAAGUGCUUUACGCAAAAGACCUAAUCAGAACACUCAAGAAGAUGCACAAGGAGAAUAAAUAUCAGAAGUUGGUGUUCUACCUAGAAGCCUGCGAGUCGGGCUCCAUGUUUCUGAAACUCCCUAAGAACAUCGACAUUUAUGCCACCACAGCAGCGGGACCGGACACCUCCUCCUAUGCAUGCUACUUCGACGAGAAGUUGGGGACCUACCUUGGCGACGUGUACAGUGUUAAGUGGAUGGAGGACUCAGACAAGGAGGAUCUCACCAAGGAGACUCUGGAACAGCAGUUUAUGAUUGUGAAGAAGGAAACCAAUACCAGCGUGGUUCAUCAGUACGGAGACCUUAAGUUCGACCAGAACACCCUGAUCAACUUCCAGGGCAACGGAGGGCAGCAAUCGGUUCCAGGGAAGCCUUUCCCACCAUCACCGUUGAAUGCCAUCGACAGCCGCGACGUACCCCUGGACAUUUUGGUUCGACGCUUUGAGGCAACGACCAAUCCAGUGCAGAAAAGAAUGCUGAUGAAGGAGGUUGCUGCCCUGGCAGACAAACAAAGCUUUGUGCACGAUCUGAUGUACAACCUCGUCAUAAAAAUGACAAAGGGAGAUACGAUGAUGACUGCAACGGUCAUGAACACAAGAGGGCGCGCUGUUGAGAAUUGGGAUUGCUUCACGGCUGCGGUGCAGACAUUCAGCGACGUGUGCUUCAAAAUGACGGAGCUUCCCUACGCCUGGGGACAAAUGCAUGUCCUUGCUAACCUCUGUGACCUGACCAACAGCCAAACAUCCGAUAUCACUUCUGCCCUGAAGAUCGGCUGUUGGUAGACAAGAAGAUGGAGGCGACAUAAUAUCUCACAAUUUAAAACCUACACAAAGUGAGAAGUUAGAUCGAUUGAAUAAAAGCUUUUAGAUUAUUGACCCUUUCUUCCGGCCAUGUUUAAACUUUGAUUAAAUGUCGAAUGGAAUAUUCAACAGUUUUUCUUUUUUAAAGACGGCGUACCUUGACUUUUGUGAUUUAUGUGUAAAUUUUCUUGCUUUUUUAAGGUAAAAAUAAAGGGAAAUCGUUGCUCCUGAAAUAUAGACUGCUAAGCAAUCUUAAUCGUUAUCCUUCAUUCCUAAGAUAAGUUGUGCAUCGAUUGGCUGAACUAUAAUAUUUUUUCACGCGUUGGGUUCCACUGAUUUACGCAUGCUUAAAUCAGCAUCUGAAUUUUCCAAUAUUAAAUUAAAAUGAUUCCCCAAUAUUAAACUCACCAUGUGCUGUGCAGAUAUUAAAGUUGUGACUAAUUUACUUUUUCUGUUCAACUAAUUAUCGACUAAAACCAAAGGUUGGGCGAGUCCUCCCCCUCCCCCCCUUAAAACAGACGAUUGGGGAAAAUAUGGGACAAAGGAAAAGAGAGCAAUGCAAUAAGGACACUGGAUGACAAAAACUCUCGCAGUUUCCAUGAAAAUGCCUUGGAUCUUGACUCUCUGUAGUGGAAGUUUGUUAGUCUGCUCCGACUGAGUGCUUGCCCCGCCCCCUUAGAAUGAUUUACAUAAUAUUCCCAAGUAAUUCCUGGCGACGCCUGGGAUGCUGUUGCAGGUAUUGUACUACUGCAAAAACUGUCUUUAGCCAACAAUGUUGAACGUGUUUAGAAUUUUGAUAUAAAGUGUCUCGUUCUUUGACAUUGCAUGAUGUAUAAGAACCAGAUACCAAAUGUUUAGCAUUUAAACCUGUUUUCAAAGUGUCGCAAGAUUGUGUUAAAGGCUAAAUUCAGUUUUGUAGAUUGCUUCCUUAUUGAUUUGGUUGCUUCUCCCCUUUUUUAAACAAAAAUUAUAUAAUUGGAAUAAAAAACCUUCAAGAAAA